AUGAAGAUUUGGCUCUCUCCUCUUGUUCUGGGUGUCGCCGUAGCGACAUCGUUACCUUCCAACCUUCCGCUGAAGCUCGAAACGCGGGCCGAGAUCAAAUCUCGUGCUGCCAAUGUUCAUCUGCGGCUUGAACGGGCAGUCGACGGUCCUAUUGACUUUGCCUAUGGCAGCUGCUCAUCCAGCACACUGCGAGAUAGCCACCACACCGUUGCCAAGGUUGAAGCCCAACACGGCCAGCGCCUCGUGUGGAUAAUUCCGGAGAAUGCCGAAUCAAAUGGUUGUCUGUCAGCUUGGGACCGAAAGGGGAGGCUCGUCGGCCGCAGCGAGCCACAGGUACUGCACCAUCACUGGAAACGAAGGAUUCAGAAGCGAGGCCCAGACAGCAUCAAAAUGAACGGAACCGGAUUCGACCAUGUCGGCGCAUGGUUCGAAGGCGUCAAGCUUCUGGAGCAGCAGCAGCCUGGACCUGUUGAUGUCGAAAAGGCCAAAGCCAAGGAGAUUGCCAUUGUCGGCGCUGGCAUGUCUGGCCUCAUGACCUGGCUGGUUCUCUCCCAAGCUGGACUGACCAACCUCACCAUCAUCGAGGGUGGCAAGCGACUUGGGGGUCGCGUCCGCACAGAGUAUCUGUCGGGUGGUCCGUUUGACUAUUCCUAUCAGGAGAUGGGCCCGAUGCGCAUUCCGGAUACAUACACGGAUCCUUCAUCGAACAAGACUUUCAACAUUAGCGACCAGCAGAUCGUCUACCAGCUCGCUGAAGAGUUGAACAAACUCAACGGCAAUGAUGCUAGCUUGUCGGUCAACUUUAUCAAAUGGAUCCAAAGCGAUCGAAACGGCUUGAACUACAGGAACAGCGUCAGAAUGCCCAGUGGGCUGCCUCCGACUAUCAAUGAGAUUGGUCUCAACUCCUCGCUCGGCCCUGUACCGGUUGAACUUUCGGAUUCGGCCAAAGGACUUCAGGCUGGCCUCGCAGAAUACCUGCCAGGACCUGAGUUCAACGACCUCAUUGCGAAGAACAUUUUCAAAGCGCACUCCGAGUGGAUUAAGAAUGGGCUCAAAGGCUUGGGCGGCGAUGUCUGGUCCGAGUUCGCCUUCAUGGUCAACCACCUCGGCGGCUCCCUUGCUGACGCCAGCGCCAUCGGCCGCACAUCUUACGAGUCCUUCUGGGCAUCCAUAUACAACGGAUUCUACUUCGUCUACGGCACAUGGAAGACUGUCGACGUGCUACGAACCGACCUCGGACCGCGUCACGCUCAGUGGCGCGACGACCAAGCUUCGCAAACCCUCCAGAGCGCCAGCUACGACUAUGCCAUCAUUUCGGCCCCCUUCACCGUCGUCCGCAGCUGGCGACUGCCGCCCCUCAACCCCGUGCUGUCCUCGGCAAUCAACAGCAUGAAGUACUAUGGCGCAUGCAAAGUGGCGCUCGAGUUUAGCGAGCGUUUCUGGGAGCACUACGCCAACCCCAUCAUCGGCAGCUGCAGCACGUCGACGGAUAUACCCACCGUCGGGAACGUCUGCUACCCCAGCUACAACGUCAACGGCACGGGCCCGGCAUCAAUCCUCGCGAGCUACGUGUCCGGCGACGUCGGCGCCUCGUGGCUCGGACGUAGCGAGGCCGAGCACGUGCAGUACGUCCUCGACGCCACGGUCGAGAUACAUGGCGAGGCGGUCCGCGCGCUGUAUACGGGCAACUACAACCGCCGGUGCUGGCAGCUCGACCCCCUGGCCGUGGGCGCCUGGGGGAGCCCGACGGUCGGCCAGCACCAGCUGUGGAUACCCGAGUACCACAAGACGCACAACAACUUGAUAUUCGUCGGCGAGCACACGUCCAUCACGCACGCUUGGGUGUCUUCGGCUCUCGAGUCGGGGAUCCGGGGCGGUGUGCAGCUGCUGCUUGAGCUGGGGCUCGUGGACGAGGCUCGAGCGACGGUCGAUAAGUGGAUGGCGCGAUGGAUUGAUGUUUUGCCCUGGCGCGUCGUCUCGGUUGUGGGAUGA